CUGACAUUUCAUCGAACACAUUAGCCUUCUAUGUCAAAGACAUAGGCUGCAAACCAAAAGAAAUUAGAUUAUCAUAAGUUCAUAACCCACCUAUUCCCGCCAACGCUCCAUUUUCUGGUUUCAAAUUUUAACCACCAUAUGAUCAACCCUUGCCGUGAGGCCCAACGGAGGGUGCUCCGGCUCCUCCACGGCCCCAAAACCCGAACCCAACUCGGCCAAAUCCACGCCCACCUCCUCCGCCACGGCCUCGACCAACUCAACCAGCUCAUCUCCCGCUUCGUCUCCGUCUGCUACUCCCUCAACAAAAUGCACUACGCCAAUCUCAUCUUUCAACACACCCACAACCCCAACAUCCUCCUCUUCAACGCCAUGAUCAAGGGCUUCUCGCUCUGCCACCCCUUCGAAAAAUCCCUCCACAUUUUCUCCGAUAUGAAACGACGCGGCGUUUGGCCCGACGAGUACACCUUUGCGCCUCUGCUCAAGUCCUGCUCCAACAUUUGUCAUUAUAGUUUGGGCCGGUGUGUGCAUGGAGAGGUUUUGAGAAUGGGGUUUGAGUGGUUUGGUUCGAUUCGGGUUGGGAUUCUUGAGCUCUAUGUGACUUGUGGGAGGAUGGGGGAUGCACAGCACGUGUUCGAUGAAAUGUCUCAGAGAGAUGUGAUUGUUUGGAAUUUGAUGAUUCGUGGGUUUUGCAAGAGUGGUAAUGUCGAUACUGGGUUGUGUUUGUUUAGGCAGAUGGGUGAGAGGAAUGUUGUCUCUUGGAACUCGAUGAUUUCGUGCUUAGCGCACUGUGGGAGGGACAGUGAAGCUUUGGGGGUUUUUAAUGAGAUGAGGGAGGAGAGUUUUGAACCGGACGAGGCUACUGUGGUGUCGGUUUUGCCUGCCUGCGCUCGGUUAGGGGAUGUUGAUGUUGGGAAAUGGAUACACUCUUAUGCAGAUUCUAAAGGACUUCUGCAAGAAGUUGUAUCUGUGGGGAACUCGCUUGUGAGUUUUUACUGUAAAUGUGGAGAUUUGGAUGCUGCGUCUAGUGUUUUUGACCGAAUGGCGCACAAAAAUGUUGUUUCCUGGAACUCUUUGAUUUCGGGGUAUGCUUUUAAUGGGAGAGGAGAACUUGGGAUCAACUUGUUCGAGGAGAUGAUGAACACAGAUGAGAAACCAAACGAUGCCACGUUUGUUGGGGCAUUAACAUGCUGUGCGCAUGCAGGCUUGGUUGAAAAGGGAAGGGAUUUGUUUGCUUCAAUGACUGAAACUCACCGAAUUGAGCCGAAACUAGAGCAUUACGGAUGCAUGGUUGAUGUUCUUGGCAGAAGUGGAUGUCUGAAGGAGGCUCAUGACUUGAUCAAGAGCAUGCCUAUGAAACCAAAUGCUGCCUUAUGGGGUGCACUGCUUGGUGCGUGCUCUACUCACGGUGAAGUAAAGCUUGCGGAACUUGCGGCUAAAGAGCUUAUUGAUGUUGAAACGUGGAAUUCUGGAAAUUACGUGUUGUUAUCCAAUAUUUACGCCGAAGAAGGCCGGUGGGAUGAAGUUGAGAAAGUCAGGGACUUGAUGAAGGAAAACUGCAUCACAAAAGCACCCGGACAGAGUGCCAUUGGAAAGGAUGUUUAUGAUGAGGAAAAGCAGAGCUAUCGACUUAAGCAAGCCUGAAUCCCAGGUCAUGUUCUUCUAUUUCCAUUUUGAAAAUUCAGAAUGGUUAUAGGGGAUGCCCUGUUCUUCUCUUCCAAUCCUUCAAGAGAACCGAUUGUAGUGUUGCACAGUUGUACUGCUGAGUUGCUUUGAAACAUGUUUGAUCUCUACAGAAGAACAUGGCUUCAUUUUGUUAUUGGAUUAACUUCAUACUACAGCUUUUCUUUUAA